AUGGCGAAAUUUUAUGGAAAAUUCAAAGAAAUCUUGUUGAAUUGUCAAAAUGAAAUAAAAGUUCUGUUAACAAAACGAAAUUCGAAUGAAAUUUUGUAUUUAAUUCGUGGUGAAUUUGAAUCGAUUCCAUUAUGGCAUUUCAUUCUGAUUCCAUUCGAAGAAAUUUGUCAAACAGAAACAAAGAAAAUGAUUGAUUGGAAUUUGUUUGCAAGAGAAAUUCAAUAUUUGAAUAAACGAAAUGAGAUUUGUUCAUUAUCCGGAUGGGGAAUUCAUCCAUCAAUUGAUUUACAAUUUUCAAUUACAAAAUUUUAUUCAAAUCAAAUAACAAGAAAUUCAUUUCAAAGAGAAUUUUUUCAUAAAACUCUUUUCGAAGAUUUAUCAAAUGAAUUAUUUUAUGAAAUAUUUGAUUAUUUAACAUUUCAACAAAUUUCUCAAACAUUCUUUCAUUUAAAUUCUCGAUUUAAUCAUUUAAUUUUCUCUCUUUCCAAUCAAACAUUAAUUUUAAAUGGAAACAAAGAUUUUCAUUUAUUAAAAUUAUUUCCAAAUCAAAUUUCUCAUUUAAUUAUCAAAAAUUUAUUUCAUUUCGAAACAAAUUUCAAUAUCAAAUCUUUAAUAAUCGAAAAUGAAAAGAAUUUUCACGAAAAAUUUUAUGAAAUUUUUCCAAAUUUACAAAAUUUAAAACUUCAAUGUGAAAUCAAUCGUAAAUGUUCAAGAAAAUUCUUAAAUGAAAUCUUUUCUUCGAAAUCAGUUCAUCUUCGUCAUUUAACUUUAAAUCGAAUCGAAACAUUUUCAAUAAAACAUUCUUUUCUCUCAAUUGAAUAUCUUUCAAUUCGUUCACAUAAUUUAAUGUUAUUUUCUCAAAUUUUAUCUUUAUUUCCCAAUUUAAAUCAUCUUCAAUUUCAUAUUUUAGAUCAUUUUCUUCCAUAUUUACCUAUUUCACCAAGUAAUUCAACAUAUUUUCUUCCGCGAUUAACUUUAUUCAGUGAUUUACAAAUUUUAUCAACUGAUGUCAUUUUCAGUUUUCUUCAUUUUCUUCCAAAUCUUCGUCGAUUUUAUUUACAAACCAAUUGUCAAUCCUCAUUUCUUCAAUUCAUUCAACAUUUACCGACAAAAUUACCGAAUUUAUCGUAUUUUAGUUGUUAUUUCAAAGAAAAUCUCGACAAAUCACAACGAAUCGGUGAUUUACAUGAAAUUCAUCAAAUAUCUUCGUGUUUUCAACGAAUUCGAUGUUUCGAUGAAAAUGAACAUUAUCGAAUUUUCUUCACGAAUUAA